CGCUCACACACACCCACCACUUUCCUACUUGUCCACCUCUCUCUCUCUCUCUCUCUCUGCUCCGUGGUCAACUCUGCGAUCGGGCCGGAGAUCUCCCCAUGGAGCUCGACGCCCUCGACGUGUCCAGCAAGCCGCAUGUGCCGCCGCCGCCGCAGCCGAUGGACUCGUGGGCAAGCGGAGGGCGCCGGUCGAAGCGCCACGCCGGGAGCACGGGCGGAAGCGCCAACCAGUCUGAGGAGGAGUACCUCGCGCUCUGCCUCCUGAUGCUCUCGCGCGGCGUCCGCGGCGUCGCUGAGGACGGCAGAGGAGUCGCCAGGAGCACGGGCGCGGCCACGACGGCGGCGGCGAAGGCGAGCCAGGGAUACGAGUGCUCGGUGUGCGGCAAGGUGUACGCGUCCUACCAGGCGCUGGGCGGGCACAAGACGAGCCACCGGAAGCAGUCGGAGCCGUCGCAACCUGCGCAGGCGGCGGCGCCGGCCUCGCCCGGCGACGAGGCGUCCGGCGGCAGCGCGCAGGAAGAGAAGGUGCACCGGUGCUCGCUCUGUCUUCGCACGUUCCCGUCGGGGCAGGCGCUGGGCGGGCACAAGCGGCUGCACUACGAGGGCAGCGCCGCGGUGGCGGCGGACGGGGUCAAGGACAAGAAACCCGUCAAGGCGAAGGCCAGCGUAGCUACGGCCACGGAGGUGCUGCGGGACUUCGACCUGAACCUACCGGCGGCGGCGGCCGCAACCGUAGCCGUGGUGACGAGGGAGGAGGACGAGAGCGCACCGUCGGAGGCCAAGCGGGUGCGGAUGCUUCUGGUUGUCUGAUCAGCGGCGGAGGCGGCGUCUAGGUUUUGCUGGUUUUAGGAGUUGUUUAACUUAGGUUUUAAUCGUUGUUUGGUUGGUUAGUUGAUUGCUGAUUAAUGUUGGUUGCUUGAUGGAGACCGCGCUUGCAUGGGUUGGUUUCGGUGGUGGUAUACUGUUCAAUUCAAGGAGCUAAUUUUCUGGCUCCAGCACUUAUACCUAUUCAUAUGUCUAUAUUUUAU